CAGUUCCAAUUCCCAUUCCAGUUGGCGUGUCUAGUCCAACGCAAAAAAAAAUAUCCUAACUCCAAAGUGCGUGGGAAUUUCAGUUCCAGUGCAGUGUGUGUGCGAUUUUCCAGUGUCGCCUACGAAUUCUUUAAUUUAUCAGUUGAAAUUUUUUUUAUAAUUGAAAUUUUUUUUAAAGUGUUAAUUAAUUGACAAGUGCAAAACUCAGUUUGUAAUUUGUGUUCGAAUUUGCUGCCAAUUCAGAUGCGCCGCCAGCUGACAGCUGCCAGUGGCAAGAUGUACACGAUUCUGCUCGGAUUGACGACGCUGUUGCCCAUGGCAUUGGGUCAUGGCAGACUGAUGGAUCCACCGGCAAGGAAUGCAAUGUGGCGCUUCGGCUAUCCCAAUCCGGUCAACUACAAUGACAACGAGCUCUUCUGCGGCGGCUAUGCGGUCCAAUGGGAGCAGAACAGCGGUCGCUGCGGCGUCUGUGGGGAUGCCUAUCAUGUGAAGGCGCCGCGACCACAUGAGGCGGGCGGGGAGUAUGCGAAGGGAAUUAUAUCGCGUUAUUAUACAGCUGGCCAGGAGAUCGAUGUCGAAGUGGAACUAACGGCCAAUCAUUAUGGCCGCUUCGAGAUGUAUUUGUGUCCGAAUAACAAUCCCCGGCAGGAGGCAACACAGGAUUGCUUCGAUCGUCAUCCGCUUUACAUAUCGGGCAGUCGGGAGCAUCGAUACCUUAUACCGCGCGACACCAAAAAGAAGGACAUCUUUCGGUAUCGCGUCCGUUUACCGCCAUAUAUCACCUGCACCCAAUGUGUACUCCAGUGGACCUACUACACGGCCAACAUGUGGGGCACCUGCUCCAAUGGCACCGAAGCCGUCGGCUGUGGCAAGGCUGAAACAUUCCGUAAUUGUGCGGACAUUGCCAUCCUCUCGAACACGGGAGGCGGAGUGCCGCCCAUUUUCGUCAAUAAUAAAUCUCCGUAUUUGCUCUACUAUCGCGACUAUCGGGCACCCGAGGAUAAUAAUGUCUUCCCACUGAUUGUGCGCGAUCAAAAGUGUAUUGGAGCGCCCGCAUUCCGUGCGCUGCCCGGCAUCGAUAACUGGUGUGAGAUUAACUGUUUGCGCUAUCCGCCCAAUUGUCCAGAGACCGCCUGCCACUGUCCGCAAGAGUGCGUUGCGAUUGGUGAGCUGGAGGGACGCGAGGGCGCCGAUACUUAUUGCAUGGACGAGUGCCUCAAUUAUCGAUCGGAUUGUCCACGCGAUCGAUGCCGUUGCUAUUGAGAGAGAGCGAGCGAGUAAGAGAGCGAACGAGAGAGAGCGAGCGAGAGAAGGUAUAUUAACUAGCUGUGCUGCCCAAUUGCCACAAAAGAGAACAAGAAAACGAAAGGAGACAAAAACAAAAUGCGAGUAUU